AACAAAAUUUCCAGCGGGUAUAGUAUUGACAGAUGCGUGUACUCUACGCGCCCGAGUUUUGAAGAGAGACCGCUGUACGAGGAAGAGCGAGAAGAGAAAAACGAGAAGUCAAAUGGAGUCCGGACUACAGAGGGAGCAUUUGCUCGCCUUGAAAGUGAUGAGACUGACCAAGCCCUCUAUGUACACUAGUAUUCCUGUACAAUGUGAAAGUCAGGAUUUACCUGGCUCAAUAUUCAAGGAUUGCCAUGAUGCAGACAUUGCCUCUGUGCCGGGCAUGUAUGACUUUGCUCUUGGUGAUCUACUAGUUUUACCACAGACAUUUGGAAAUAUAUUUCUCGGAGAGACAUUUGCAAGCUAUGUUAGUGUACACAAUGACAGUAAUCAAAGUGUAAAGGACAUUGUGAUUAAGACAGAUCUUCAGACGUCAUCUCAGCGUUUGACACUUUCUGGUGCUGCAAACAUGCCUGUAGCUAAACUAGACCCACAAAAGAGUUACGACCAAGUUAUCCAUCAUGAAGUUAAGGAGCUUGGGACACACAUCUUGGUCUGUGCUGUAAGCUAUUCAAGCCUUGCUGGAGAAAAGAUGUACUUUAGAAAGUUUUUCAAAUUUCAGGUUUUAAAACCACUUGAUGUCAAGACAAAAUUCUAUAAUGCAGAGGAUGACUCUGUGUUUCUGGAGGCUCAAGUACAGAACAUCACCUCAAGUCCGAUGGUGAUGGAAUCAGUUCGACUCGACCCCUCAGCCCUCUACACAGUCACUGAUCUCAACAUUGCACCUUCAGACUCCAAUAAAACUAAAAGCGAGGAGACGUCAGCAGAAAGUAUAUUCAACAGAGGCUCAUUCCUUCACCCAAAUGACACUAGACAGUACCUUUACAAGCUAAAGGCCAAGUCCCCUAUUGACAGGAAUCCCAAGUCUGCUGCAGCUGUAGGUAAACUGGAUAUUGUGUGGCGGACUUCAUUUGGUGAACGUGGUAGACUCCAGACUAGUCAACUUAGUCGCGUGAUCCCAGCUAUUGCAGACCUCAAAUUAACCGUGUCACAAAUGGCUGAUGCCGUUCCUGUGGAAAGGCCUUUUCCAGUGAGCUUGAAGCUCAAGAAUACAUGUGACCGUAAGAUGGAUUUGCGUCUUCUGAUGACAAAGAGUAAAGAUGGUGCCAUGAUGUGGUGUGGUACAUCUGGAAAGGCUCUAGGUCCCCUGCACCCAGGUGCUGCGUUUGAUCUUAAUCUCAACUUACUUCCUUUAUCAGCUGGUCUUCAAAAUAUCAGUGGUCUACGUGUGAUUGACAAGUUGUCUGGGCGUACCUAUGAAUUUGACAAUAUAACAUCUGUGUUUGUGUUUUCGUCAACAAAGAGCCCUUUUAUUGAAGACAAUGUAUUACAACAGAAUAAAGAAUAAAUAUGAAAAAAUUUA